AUGCAAACCCCGAUUUAUCUGCUACUGGUGGUAACACACCUAUCACCAAACGGCUUGUCGGAAGCUGCAAAAAACUCAGUGGCCCCAAACAUGCAAUCGCAUUUAUCCCAACCUGUACCCACAGUUGCCUCUCAAAAUGUUGUUGGUACGACAGUAAUGCCCGGAGAAAAUGAACUCAAUACAAAAUCCAAUGAAAAACGUCCUCCAUCCAAAAAGAAGACUUUCGUUUCCCAUUUUCGCAGUUCAAUAAAACCACUUUUUGGAAACGGCAUUUGGUGGUUUCCUCUGUACAAAGCAUUCUCAUAUUUCUGA